AUGUGCGUCAGGAUUGUGUUGGAUGCCGCGCUCUCUGGGAAGGACACGGCGAACUACACCUGGACGCUCUUCACCAAGGAUGGCCGCAGACGAGACAUCAAUUUGAAUGCGACUGCCCGUCGGGGACCUCUCGGCGAGAUCAUCGGAGUGAUCGGCGUGGGCCAAGACCUCACGGAGCUCAAGCAGAUCAGCGCGCAGCACGAGCGCCUUGCGGCAGACUGGCAGCGCCUGGUCGAGACGGCCAACGCGCCCAUCUUCGGCGUCAACGCGGACGGCAACGUGAACGAAUGGAACUCCAAGGCCGCCGAGAUCUCCGGCUUCUCUAAGGAGGAGACCAUGGGACGACCGUUGGUGCGCGAUUUCAUCAACCCGGAGCACCGCGAGAGAGUCCAGGCUGUACUUAUAGAGGCGUUGAACGGCGACGAGACAGCGAAUUUUGAGCUACCGCUCGACACAAAGAGCGGGCAGCGUUUAUGCAUUCUUCUGAACGCGACAACAAGGAGGGACGAAAAUGGUGACGUUGUCGGUAUGUUGGGCGUCGGCCAAGAUAUCACCAAUUUGCGAGCAGCAUUGACCGACAACCAGCGUAUUGCUGAUGAUCUAACGCGAUUGAUUGACACUGCAAACGCACCUAUUUUUGGGAUCGACCCAGGAGGUUGUGUCAAUGAGUGGAAUCAAAAGGCUGCUGAGAUAUCUGGAUACACCAAAUCUGAAAGUUAUGGGAAAGAUUUCGUCGAUCUGUUUGUUUGUAGUGAAUUCCGGGCAGAAAUCCACCAGGUACUCACGGAAGCCCUUGAUGGGGUCUAUACUGCGAAUUUCACUUUCCCACUCCAUACUAAAGACGGCAGCAGGCGAGAAAUAUCCCUAAAUGCAACAGCUCGCCGCGGAACGACUGGAGAAGUCAAUGGUGUAAUCGGCGUCGGGCAGGACAUGACGGAUUUCGAGCGAAGCCGAGCAGAGCAACGGACCAUCGCCGAAGAUUUGCAGCGACUUAUCGAGAGUGCAAAUGCGCCUAUCAUCGGUGUCGAUGUCGAGGGCAACGUGACAGAAUGGAACACGAAAGCUGUCAAGCUGACUGGAUUCUCGCGAGAAGAAGUCCUAGGCCACCACUUAGUCAAUGAGUUCAUCACUCCAGAGUACGUGCCCAAAGUUCGCGACGUUCUGACCCAAGCCUGCAACGGAGUGGACACUGCGAACUUCGAGGUCCCAUUGAUUACCAAAGAUGGCAAGCGGGUGGACAUGUUGUUAAAUGCCACUGCGCGUUUGGAUGCCAACGGCAGCGUAACAGGCGUUGUUAUGGUUGGGCAAGACAUUACAAGAUUACGUGAGGCAGUGAAUGAGGUGGAAUCGGCCGCUGGUGAUUUGGAGCGUCUGAUCGACACUGCAAAUGCUCCAAUUUUUGGGGUCAACACGCAUGGGAGAAUCACGCAGUGGAACCAGAAGACAGCCACGAUCACCGGCUUCCGAAGAGAGGAAGCGGAAGGAAAGCCUUUUGUGGACGAGUUUAUUCUGCCAGAAUUCAGAGAGGAAGUUCGGAGAGUCAUUGACAUGGCACUCUCAGGCCACGAUACGGCGAACUAUGAGGUGACGAUUGUGACGAAGGACGGUUACAGGCGUUUUAUCUUGCUCAACGCUACAACUCGACGCAACGCGGAUGGCGACAUCACAGGUGUGAUAAGUGUUGGCCAAGAUAUUUCUGACUUGAAAAAACUUAUGCUUGAACAUCAACGCGUCGCUGAUGAUUGGGCUCGCUUGAUUGAAACGGCCAACGCUCCCAUAUUUGGCGUCAACGUUGACCUGAAGGUGACAAUUUGGAACAGGAUUGCUGCCGAGUUAUCUGGUUAUUCUAAGGAUGAGGCUCUCGGUUUGCCCUUGGUGGAGCACUUUAUCACGGAGGAGUACAAAGUGCAGGUCGCUCAGGUGCUCUCCCUUGCUUGCCAGGGAACGGACACGUCUAACUUCGAAUUCCCUCUUCUUACGAAAGAUGGAAAGCAAAUCGUUACGCGGUGGCGGAUAUUGUUGAACGCCACUCCUCGCCGUGAUGCAGAUACGAAAGUUGAAGGUGUCCUUGGCGUCGGUCAAAACAUCACAGCUCUGCGAGAGUCCACGUACCAGGCGAAGGUCGUGGCUGACGACCUAGCUCGCCUCAUUGACGGCGCAAACGCACCGAUCUUUGGCAUCGACGCGAGAGGCAGCGUUGUCGAAUGGAACCGCAUGUUUUUCAAAAUCACGGGUUAUGAUAAAGCCAGCGUGUUGGGGAAGCCGCUCGUUCAGAGCUUCAUUCAUCUCGACCAGCAGAAGAAAGUCCACGAGGUAUUCCAGAGCGCACUGGCAGGCGAGGAUGUCGAGAAUUUCGAGUUGCAGCUCUACACGAACAAAGGUAAUUGCAGAGUCCUCUCUAUCAACGCCACCAGGCGCAUCGGAUCCAAUGGCGAGAUCACUGGCGUAAUUGGCGUGGGACAGGAUAUCACAGAAAUCAAUAUUCAGCGCAAGGAGCUGGAACGCGUCGCUGGCAACCUCAGGCGCAUUGUGGACUUUGCGAAUGCACCCAUCAUCGGAGUCAAUGUACAGUGCUCUGUGAAUGAGUUCAACCACAAGGCAGCAGAGAUUUCGGGCUGGACUAAAGAAGAGAUGCUUGGACAGAGUCUCGUCCAAACCCUUGUGCCAGCAGUCAAGCGCCCGACCGUGGCUUUCGUCUUGCUGCAAGCCCUGAGCGGACAGGACGCCGCCGACUUCGAGUUCCCAUUGCUCACGAGGGCAGGGGAGCAACGGCAGGUGACCAUGAACUUCACAGCGCUGCGCGGAGUUGAUGAUGAUGUUGAAGGCGUUAUUUGUGUCGGCAUCGACAUCACAGACAUGCGCAAGAUGGCACAAGAGCAGAGGAAUAUUGCCGAAGAUUUCGAGAGGGUGAUCCGCAGCGCCAACGCCCCCAUCAUCGGUGCGAACAUCAAUGGUGAGGUGACCGACUGGAACGACAAGGCCGCCUCGUUGUCGGGCUUCUCCCGGGAGGAAGCCAUGGGCAAGCCGUUGGUUGAGACUUUCGUCCGUGAGGACAUGCGCCCGCUUGUCAAUGAGGCUAUACACAAAGCGUGCCAAGGUAUCGAGACCACCAGCUUCGAGUUCCCCUUGAUUCUUCAAAGAUCACAGCGAAGUCAUUAUGCUCCUCAAUGCUGCCACUCGCACAGAUGCAAGUGGCGAAAUAGUGGGCAUGGUCAGCGUCGGGCAGGACUUCACGGCCCUGCGGCAGGCCAUGAACGAGAUCGCAGCGAGUCGCGACGCGAUGGCGUCCGUGGCCGAGGAUCUGCGCGGGCUCAUCGAUCACGCCAAUGCACCGAUCCUGGGGAUCGACACGCAAGGGCGCGUCAUGGAGUGGAACCAGAAGCUGGCCGAAAUCUCCCAGUAUUCCAAGGAAGAGAUGAUGGGCAGACCUCUCGUUGA